AUGGAGAGUUCCGAACUCCCCUCCCCGGCGCCGCAUGCUCCCAACCACGAUUCCAUGGUUACUGUCGCCCUCUCUGAUAACCAAUCGAGCUCCGAACACACUCAACCAGAGUGGUGCAACCUGGAUAUUCCUUCAACCCCGGUGAACACCACUCACCAAGGCGAGUCGUUCGGUCCGAUGGCCCUGCAGGAUGCCGCAAAGAUAACCCCAGUCCCUGUCUCCGAGCCCUCGACCCCAACGGCAACGAGAGAUCAGGACCAUGUCCAUGUCGAGGAGACCGACAAUGAGGUGGACUGGGCAAAUCUAGAGAAGACCGAAGAGAAAGAACCACGAGGAGAAGGUUCAGAUGAUUCAACGGCUCUAUUACUCGCUCGUCUCGAACAAGAAAACAAUGCUCUGGCCACGAACCCUAAAUCCGGCCUGUCCAACAAUGUCCCCCAAUCGCCCCGACACCAGCGGCAAUCCCGCUCGCAGUCGCUCAUUCAGAUCAAACGGUUGAUAAAUGACCCAGCGCGAUCAGAAUUGCGAUACUCGCAGCUGUCCCCACCGCCGAUGACGGAGUUGGAAUUCUGGGCGGCACUGGUGGCAGACUACCCACAAACUGCGCAGCGAUUGCCGACUUUGACCUCGAAUAAGAUACAGGGGGGUGUCCCGCCGCCACUCCGAGGGGUUGUGUGGCCCAGUUUGGCUGGAGCCCGUGAUCCUACCUUGAUCGAUGAGUUUCAGCGACUUUCGGGUGAAAGUAGCCCCUACGAUGGGCUGAUUGGAAAGGAUAUUGGCCGCAGCUUUCCAAAUGUUGAAAUGUUCCGGGACCCCAAUGGUGAAGGCCAGCAAAUGUUGGCCCGAGUACUGAGAUGCUUCAGUCUUUAUGAUGCCAAGAUUGGUUAUUGUCAAGGCCUUGGUUUUGUUGUCGGACCCUUGCUCAUGCACAUGUCGGAUGCGGAGGCUUUCUGUGUGCUUGUCCGAUUGAUGGACCAUUACAACCUUCGAAUGUGCUAUUUACCUGAUCUUUCGGGUCUGCAUCUCCAUGUGUAUCAAUUCCAGAACCUCCUGGCACGACACCGUCCAGCUCUAUUUGAUCACUUGGAGUCAUUAAAUUCUAUGUCUCUCCAAUGGUUCCUCUCAUUCUUCGCUGUCGCCUGUCCAUUGCCCAUGCUUCUUCGUAUUUACGAUGUUAUUUUCCUGGAAGGAGCCUGCGAGACUUUGAUGCGGGUUGCUCUUUCCCUCAUGCAGCGCAACGAGAAGAGAAUCUUGGCGUGCAGCGAAUUCGAAGACGUCAUGCAACUUCUUCUGUCGCGCAGUCUCUGGGAUACAUACGCGUUCAAUGCAGAUGACCUGGUCAAUGACUUUGUUUCUCUAACUUCACUGGUCACAAAGGAAAGCCUCCAGGCCUUGGAAGCCAGUUAUAACCAAUCCCAGGGUGUUCCAACUGGCAUCUCUUUCCCUCAAAUGCAGGCCACGGCAUCUCGUUUCUUGGGCCGCCUCUGGGCCGGCUCCGGUUCUCAUACCUCGAUGAAAUCUCUCAACCCUAAUUCGAGCCCUUCGCGGCCUGUGAGCACAAUCCGUCGAUCCACCUCGAAACAAAGCAUGACUUCCACGCUGAAUUCGGUCGAAACAACGUCCGACGCAAGCACUGCCCCGACGGAAUUGUCAACUACUACGGUAGGCACGGAUAAAACACGCGUCAAAUCCAACAUGUCUGCUCAGCACAAGGAUCGCGACCUCCACACCCAGAUCGAAGAUCUUCUGAUGGCCCUGAGCGAUCUUCAACGUCAGCAUGCUGAUCUAACACGCGAUUUGCAACAAGAAAGAGAGGACCGAGAGGAGGAUAACGCUUUGUCCAAAGAAAUGCUCCGCCACCUCCGAGAACUGCCCAAUGAGAAUCAACCCGAAGAGCUGGUCUCCAAAGCCCAAGCCCGCUUCUCAUCCGACGAGCCGAAACAAACGUCGAUCACCCAAACGAAGCACCAGCUACAUGAUGACAUGACCCGAUGGAAGGAGAUGCAUGAGGUAGAAGCCAGUCGUUGCUUGGAUCUCACGCGACGAAUGGACGACUUUGAGCAGGAGAAUUCAUCAUUGAAAGAUCAGCUUCGUGAAGCUCGCGGUCGGAUCCAGGAUGGCUACCGCGAUCGGCAGCGAUUGGAGCGAAUGAACCAGGAGCUUCGAUCUCACAAGACACCGAGUCUCAAGACAUUUAAUGCAGAAUCAUCAACACCUCCCGAGACGACUACCUCUCCGACCGAAUCUAACGAAACUGCGUCACCAAACGGUCUCCGACAAUUGAGAUUGGUGCGCACCAACUCGCAGAAGAGCCCAACAACGUUCAACAAGCGCUCCAGCAGUCUGGGUCUCCAAAGUGUAUUGGCAACGGAGAAUCACAAACCUGCUGCCGAAGAAACUCUCCUACUGGAACUUGUCAAUGCCAAAACUGCAGAAGCGGUUGCCAAACAAGAACUGGAAGAAGUCAAAGGCAAGAUGGAUGCUCUGCGAAAGAUGAUCAGCGCACCUCAUUCUAAUCCUGCCGCCAACCUCGAGAAUCGGCAUUCAUUCAUCGGCCGUUCGCCCUCUCGAGCAAGUAUGACAAAGGCUCCUACCGAACCGAUCAAGACACCUGGAACCUCGAGCAAUGUUGGUGCUGGUGGUGGAGGGUUCUUUAGCGGAUGGGGUCGACGGGCUGCCACGAGCAACGAAUCUCCUUCAUGA